AUGAGCGUGCCAUCUUCUGAAUUCACCUUUUCAGCAAGCGCACCGUCGACGGUGAUCUUUACCCCUCCAUCGUCAUCCCGAGAAAGCAGUAACGAAGGGAGUUCUGCGUCAACCCCACAAUCCCCGAGACAGACACUUCCGCUCUUUCAGAAUUUGAGCCUCAACGAUUCUGGAGGCUCAAUGACUACUCCUCGAGCUAGGUCGCCGAUUGGGUGGUUUGACCCAGAUAGAUCACCUUCCACAUAUGCACAGCAGCAUAAUGCUACUCCCCGUUCUAUGCAGAAACUCGUGCCCAGCGCCCGCGGUCGAGAUCCCGAAGGAAGCGGGUCAAUAUUUUCCAGCACAACCCAAGCCAGUUUAUAUGUUGACGCUAGGGAGAUGGGAGCCGAGUCCAUGUUUUUGGAUAAUGGCACAGAUAGAGUACAUAUCCCUGGGGCAUUUCCCGCCCAAAGUAGCCGUGACGAAAGUCACUGCUCAGGUGAUGCCACAGAGAGUGAGGACGGAUCAGAAAGCGAUCAAUAUAGCGACAUUGCGGAGGAUACUGAAAACAUACCUAGUGAUAUUCGCGAAGAGCCACUUCCCACCGCGCCGGUCUAUAAUCGUCGGCUUCAGACUGGUCUGAAGGAAGUGAAAGGGGAACUAGCCAGUCUCGCCGACAUGAUGGGACUCUCUGAGCUAAACCAAGAUCGGUCUACUGAUUUGCAUUCUUUAUUCGAGCGGACCAAGAAAAUGAGCAUGUUUCAGUAUCCAGAAACGCGCACUGUGGGGUUCAUCGGAGACUCUGGAGUUGGCAAAAGCUCUUUGAUAAACUCUUUACUUGAUCAAAAGAGCCUGUCACGUUCAAGUAGUGAGGGCGCAGCUUGCACCUGUGUCGUAACUGAAUUCCGACAUGUGGAUAGCAAUCACACCGGGCCUUUCACCAUUGAAGCGCAGUUUAUGACUGCACAAGAAAUGAAAGAGCUGCUGGAGGAGCUCCUCUCUAGCUUCCGCCAAUUCCAUGUUACUUCUUUCUUCCAGCAGCUCAAAUCGCACGAAGAACAGGAGCAGUGUCGGGAUGCCGCUGAUAGAGCCUGGGAAACGUUUCGAUCUUUGUUCAGCAACCAACCAAGAUUAACGAUGGAGUUUCUUUCUGCUGACUUUGACGACGCUCAAUCGAAACUUCUUGAGCAGUUAGAGCGAUGGGCGUAUGCUGGUUUAACACUGCGACCGGGUGGACCUGAUGCGCAUGAGUACUCUAUGAUUGCUGGUGAUCUCGCUGAAUGCAAAGACUCCCUCGACCUGCUGACUGCCAACAAUAUGGAUGAUGGUAAACCUGCGCUGUGGCCAUUUAUCAAAUUGAUCAGGGUAUAUCUCAGUUCGCCCAUUUUGAAAACCGGGUUGGUAUUGGCUGAUCUACCAGGCCUCAGCGAUCUUAACUUUGCGAGGAUUCGAGCCACCGAACGGUACCUUGUUCAUAACUGCGAUGAGAUAUUUGUUGUCGCGGACAUUGGUCGCGCUCGUACGAAUCCGUCCAUACCAGAUGUGAUACGCAGAUGUAGAGAUGACCAGCCGCGACAUGUGAUUUUGUCAAAGUCGGAGGUUAUAUCGCCGGAAGAGUCUGGACGUGGAACUACUCCAGAUGCUCUUAAAAUAAGGCAAAUGAAUAAGGAUAUCCAGGCUAUCCGGAAGCAAAGUGAAUUGACUGAGUUUCGCUUACGGAAAGUGCGUGGAGCAAAACAAGCAGAAUUGGCAGUCAAGGGGUAUGAACUACGCGACAAGGAGAACGAGUUGAAUUUCGAGAUACAAAGCUUUCUCAUCAAUCGGCGAAACUCACAGGUAGCACAGGAACUUACCAGAAGACACGCAGGAAUCAGGGUCUUCUGCAUCAGCAAUACUCUCUAUUCCGAAUACCGCUGUAGUGCGAACAGCCAGGCGGAGGCAUACGUUGAUCUUUCGGGAAUUCGCGAGCUGCGCCACCAUUGCCAAUUGGUCCCUGCCGAGAGUCAAAUGCGUGCGACAUCCGCAUUCCUGGAACACCAAGUGCCAGCUUUGCUGGGAUCUAUACGUCAGUGGGCACUAUCUGGAGCGGAUUCAGUUACGGCGGAAAGAUCUGCUAUCCUCCGACGGGUUUUGGAAAAUGCAAGAGCGGCUCUUCGCCGGGAAUUUAUUUCCUCUCGAUCGUGUAUUCAUCUUACGCGUCAGAGCUUGGAUGAGCUAUUUGCCGAACGCAUUAUUGGGGUUAUCCGGAAUUCUCGAACCCGCUGGACGACUCAGUGUAUUGGAAUCAGCCUGCAAUGGGAAGAAUGGGCGCCUAGCACGUAUGCUGCAUUCUGUCGCAAAUCUGGAGACUACGAGACCAAAGCUCAGCCUCGUCGCUGCUGGAAUGAUGAGUUAGUCCAUCCAGCACGUGAAGGGUUAGAUAUCAAAUGGGAGGAUAUACUGGAUUGGCUGCAAGAUCAAACUGGGAUAUUGGUGGGAGAAACUCGCACUACCUUUGAAGGAGUACGAGAAGAGAUUGAGACGCAUACUGAGCUUGCACCCCAGGCCCUCCAAAACCUCCAACAAAGCAUGAAAUCCUGGCAAGAAUGGAUCGAGGAAGAUAUACAGAACUCCAUCCAGAAGUUGAUUAAAAACCUCGAAAUCACAAAAAAUGACAUGCUUCAUGGCCAUCCCAGCUCCUUUAUAUCAGGUCUGAUGCAGCCCGCUUAUGCUGCCACCAACCGAGAGGGGGGAAAUGGCAGUUUCGUCCGCCGGAAAAGAAUCAUGAAUGACCAUCUGACGCAUUCGAGGCUGUUUUCCAAGUUUUCUAACCUGGCCCGCAGCGAAUACACACAGGUUGUAACUGCAUGCUUCAAUCCUCUGCUAGAAAGAGUAAGGAUGCAGAUAGAUAGUAUUAUGAGAGACUUCGACGCGGUUGUUACAGUCGAAGGUCAAGUCUCGGAGGCGGAACAGGCACCCGCAUUGGCGGAUGCUCUCAGAUCCAGAUUUGGCAGGACGGAGGAAAUCCUGCAGAAUCUCCAGGAUGUCGUACGAGAGCUCAAUCAAAGGAGUUGA